AAAGUGAUUUUACUUUAACUUUAAAGUUAAAGUUAAAGUGCUUUACUUUGCUUUAAAAUUUUAAAGUUAAAGUUUUACUUUAAACUUUAAGCUUUAAAGUAAAGUUAAAGUCCCACCCCUACGUCGGUUGUUGCAAAUUUUAUGAGCGAUCUUUCUAGCUAUAUUCUAUGAUGACCCUUAGAAAAUCCAGGAAAUCCAUGUUUCGGUUCCGACGAGAUCCGACGUGGGACCCGAUCGGAUCCGAGAACGUCGGAAUCCAAUGCGAUUCCGUCACCAGGAUUGCAUCGGAUCCGUCGAAUUCCUGUAGGAUCCGGUAAAAUUCAGUAUUGGAUCCGAUAG